GUUGGAAUUCAUACCAAGGCAUGGUUUAUCGCUGGGAUAUUUCUACUAAUGACUAUACCGAUAUCUCUCUGGGGAAUACUACAGCACUUAGUUCAUUAUACUCAACCUGAGUUACAGAAACCAAUAAUAAGGAUUCUAUGGAUGGUGCCGAUUUACAGUUUAGACAGUUGGAUAGCUUUGAAAUACCCCAACAUUGCAAUAUACGUGGAUACGUGUCGAGAGUGUUACGAAGCUUAUGUCAUCUAUAAUUUCAUGGUUUUUCUUUCAAAUUAUCUAACCAACCGGUAUCCAAACCUCGUAUUAAUAAUAGAAGCAAAAGAUCAGCAGAGACAUCUGCCGCCUCUGUGCUGUUGCCCAUCGUGGGCUAUGGGAGAAGUUUUAUUAUUUAGAUGUAAACUGGGUGUUUUGCAGUACACUGUUGUCAGACCAUUUACUACUAUUAUUGCUUUAAUUUGUGAACUAGUGGGAGUGUAUGAUGAAGGAAACUUCAGCUUCAACAAUGCUUGGACUUACUUGGUUAUACUUAACAACAUGUCACAGCUAUUUGCGAUGUAUUGCCUGGUGCUGUUCUAUAAAGUCCUGCGUGAAGAACUGAACCCUAUCCGACCUGUUGGCAAGUUCCUUUGCGUGAAGAUGGUCGUUUUUGUGUCUUUCUGGCAAGCUGUGCUCAUUGCAUUGUUGGUGAAAGUUGGCGUUAUUUCUGAGAAACACACCUGGGAAUGGCAAAGUGUGGAAGCUGUGGCUACAGGCCUACAGGAUUUUAUCAUCUGCGUUGAGAUGUUCCUGGCUGCUAUUGCACAUCACUACAGUUUUUCCUAUAAACCUUAUGUUCAAGAAGCUGAGGAAGGGUCAUGCUUUGACUCUUUCCUUGCCAUGUGGGAUAUUUCUGAUCUGAGGGCAGAUAUAUCAGAACAGGUUCGAAAUGUCGGAAGGACAGUUUUGGGCCAGCCAAGGAAAAUGUUUUUUGCUGAGGAUCAUGAACAAAACGAGCAUACGAGUUUACUGUCUUCGUCCACUCAAGACCCAAUUUCUGAUGCUUCUUCAAUGCCGUCUUCACCCAUGGGCCAUUAUCAGGGGUUCGGACACACGGUGACACCUCUCACAACACCAACGACAGCCCCCGCGGUCGAUGGCCUUUUUAACGCUUCUGCUCCUCGGGAUGCUGAGGAGUCGCCUGAACUAGAGCAGAGUUCAUCAGAGAGGGAUUUGGGUAAAAGUUAGACUCGCCUUUUCUUUGAAUGUGUCAAGCGGUCUGUCUUACACUUGCCCCAGAUGUUCUGCUAAC